UGGACACGUGAUCAUUUGUAUCAAAAACACAACGCCAUAUUGCUUGAGUAAAAAAUUAUUUUCAAACUGAAAAAUUGUUUGAUUAUCUUUUUUUUGUGAACACAAAACAAUUUAAAGUAAGUAAUUUAUGAUGUAUUAGCAUCUUUACAAACUAAAAUUUUAUUAUCAUUAAGCAUUUUGUUCACAGUAAUUUAUGUUUGUUUCAAUUUGUAUCGGUAGUCUGGCAAAAGAUGUAACCGGUUUUAUUUUGUAUAUAUAUUUGUGUGGUUGAACGAAUGUUUCAGCAUUACAGUAACAGGAAAUACGCUUGCCUUGUUUCUAGGAGGAAAUGUCGGAACAAAGCUCUGAAGCUCUGAAUUUUGGACCUCAAUGGUAGGUUGUAUAUCUGUAGUUAUAUCAAUCAUUGUAUUAACAUCCUUUUGUGAUUUGUUGCUUUUACAUUUCGGCAGUAGCCAUUACUGGCGUUUAACUUUUUUAUGCAAUAUUGUAGAACAGGUAAAAAGUGUUCAAGCCUUUUACAGAUUUUUGCUUUAAUGGUGUAUUUAAUUAAACAAUGCAGGGUGAUAUCCAUAAAUAACAAACACCUAUGCAAGGUUAUCAUGUAAUCUAAUCUUAUCUGCUAUUGCCAAAUCAUUUAACCCAUUAAGUUGCAAUUUGGCCUUGAUGCUCCCUACUUUAUUAUUUUACUCUGUCUAAUGCCAGACGAUUUUACUUGUCAAGGGGAGAGCGCUGGUACUCAUUGGCAUAGACGGAUUUUCAUAUUUUUUACUGGGGUGGUGCCAGAAAUUUUAGGGGGGUGAGUUGUGAGCAGAUGACUGAAGAAGCAACACAAAGUGUCACCAAACCCCAGUAAGGUCUAUAUUCUAGGGGUGGAGCACUAGAGCUGUGAGGGGGAGUCUAGAGAGCAGAAAUCAAAGUAUCCCUGGAAAAAUUGGAAAAUAGUCAUGAUUUCUAGCUUCGAAAAAAAGUUUUUUGAAGUUGUCAUAUCAAUGGAUUUGGCAUGUCCGAUUGUCUGUUGAGACUUGAGAGAGUUAAAGUUAAAUGAACCUGUAAAAGUGUAAACCCAAUAGGCCAAUACACAAUAUGCUUUUACUUUUAUAAAGUCAUUGACAUUGUGUCGUUUGAAUCCGAGUACAAUUUAUGAUGCAACUCCAAUGUAAAUAAUAUUUGGGGUGUAGAGAUUUUAAUCUAGGCAAGUCUAUUUCCUAAAAGAAUUAAAAACUAAAAAUAAUGUUCGUAAAAAUUCCAAACGUUCCUUGCAAGCAAGCUAUUUGCAUGACAAGGCACUGCAAACUCUAUUCAGGGGAGAUAAUAGAGUUUCAAAACUUUACAAUUGCUCCAAUAAACAAGUGAAUGCAAGCGAGGAGCGAUUAGUUUCAGAGUAUUGCACUGUCUUUUUCUAUUAGAGUGUACUCCUAUGUUUAUUUUGUAUCAUCAACACUCUGCACGUUGGAGUGGACUAUUUAAUUAUUUUUUAUUAUGCCAAAUAUUGGGGGGGAGGGUUGAAAAUUUUUUUGGAGGGGUGGACAUUUUGUUGGGGGGGGUUAUAGCUAAUAUUGGGGGGUAGCACUCCCCUGCACCCCCCCCCCCAAAAAAAUCCAUCUAUGCUCAUUGGGUUAAAGUUGGUCACAAAUGACUAAUUAUAUGCCUGGCAUGUUCUGUAUUACAGACCAUAUGAUGUAUUUUUGCAGAUGUUUUCAGCAAGUUUGCUAUUGACGUAGUUGCUAGGACAUAUGCCUUAGAGACCUUAUAAAACAGCCGAGUUUGAGCUAGCUCAGUUAACUCAUUGAGUGCUAGCACUCUCCCCUUGAUGAGUAAAAUUGUCCGAUAUAAUAUGGCACUAAUUUCUGCCAUCUGGAGGGGGAGGGAUGAAAAAAUUGUUUGUGAUAAUUUAGUACUUGUGUAUUAGGACACCCGAAGGUGAUUGGGGGGUUAACUUCCAAUUUCCUCCGUGCUGGAGGUAUGGAUGUUUUCUGGAAUGACCCAAUACAACUUUAUGGGUGAAUGGCAUUAAAAUUGUUUUGUGUGUUUGAUGACAGGAUCCGUGAUCUUUCAAAUGGGACGAGUGUUUCAGUCCCUCCUCCCUCACCUGGGCCUGGUUAUAAACUGGCACAGUUCAGAUAUGGCAAGGAAGAAAUGUUGGCAUUGUUUUCAAAAAAUCUCGAACCACCAAAAGUAAACAAGGAUGUUGGAGAUUUCAUUUUGAAAAAUGAUGCGUGUGAUCCUUUAGCAAUGAUGCCACUGACUGAGGAGGAACAAGUAGGAUUACUUUAAAUAUUUUAAAUAUUUUACAAUCACCAUAAAUGGUUUACAUUAAGCACUGUCACACAACAAACAUAGGCAUAUGAGACAGAGGCGUCCCCCCCACAAAAAAAAUUAGAAAACCAUGGAGGAAAUUCAGGCAAAUACUAGGGAAAAUGAAGAAAAUUCAGGCAAAUGUAUCACAAAUAUGUUAAAUUCAGAUAAUUUUAUUAAAAUAUUGCAAAAACAUUCAGGCAAACUUUCAAGUGCCCCCCCCCCCAAAAAAAAAGUAUCUGGCCUGUAUGCUUACGGCAAUAGAUGGAGGGCAGCAUGGACUGAGAUUUAGUUUAGUUUCUUGUUCCUAUAAAUCUCAUAUAUAUAAUAUAUAUAAUGCUCUUGUAAGCCUUGAUCAAUCAUUCAUUGUAUUAUUAACUUGGUCUCAAAUAAAGCUCAAUAAAAAUAACUGUGCAGCUCAUUGGUCAGGCAUGUAGUAAAACACUGACUACCGGAACACCGGAACACCACCAUUUUGUUUGGGGUUAGGGUUUGGGGUUAGGGUUGGGGGUUAGGGUUGGGGUUAGGGUUGGGGGUUGGGGUUAGGGUUAGGUGGUGUUCCGGCGGUGUUCCGGUGGUGUUCCGGUGUUCCGGUAGUCAGUGUUUUACUACAUGCCCAUUGGUUAAGCUCUUUAACUUUUGUUUCAAACAGCGGAAUUCAUUUGGAUCAUUGAACAGUUUAGCUGUGUUGAAGAUGAUGGGUAGAGGGGCACAGAGAGGGGGAAGAGGGAUGUCAAGAGGUGGUCGAGGGUCAGGUAGGUACACAUCACUGUUCAAGGAUCAAUUUGUUGGAACAUAACUCUAUUCAGUGAUAUACAUAUAAUAGGAAUAAGAUGACAUUCCAGACACUUUAUUAUUUUACUUACUAAUGCCAGAUGAUUUUACUCAUCAAGGGGAGAGUGAGAGAGUGCUGCCACUCAGUGAGUUAAAAUAUUUAGAUGGCUGUGAGUAAAAUAUGAUGUGUGUUAUCCAGGUCGAGGAAGAGGUGAACAAGGUUUCUAUCGCGGCUUCUCUCAAGACGAAUCAACUUCAAAUAAAACAGAGGAAGGAUGGCAGCGUGAUAGAAAACAAAGUUGGGGAGAGAAUACUGGGUAAAUGCAUGUUAAAUAUUUUCAGACAGAAAACCAUGUCCUCUUCUGAAUCAAUUCUACAGUACAGUACAGGCAGUGUCAGCAGCAUUGCUGCCAGGAUAUUUCAUGAAAUAUGUUUUACUUGUUUAUGUAAAUAAUAAUACAUGUAUGGAGUAUUUUUGUUGUUUUAGGAGAGGAGGGUUUGGUGAUCGAACAAGUGGAAGAGAUACUGGUAAUGAGAAUAUUGUUAACCAGGCUAUCUGUCAAUAUAUUUUGUUAACCAUUAAGUUCUGCACUUGAGAUCUGUUGGCUGUUAAUUAUCCUUUCUCACGAUGACAAAUAUCCGCCAUAGCAUAUAAAUAGUGCAGUAACUACUACAGAAAAGAGACAAAGGUUUUAAACAUGUAUUCACCCUGCUGUAUGCUUAUGUAGAAACGUCACCUCGCGGAUAUGAGCCCACUGCCUCUACUGGUCGUCAUGGUCGAGCUUUGGCAAGUGGGAACUGGAGGUCAUCAGAGGGUGAUGAUGAUGGUGGGGGAUGGGUGACACCCCGGGGAUCUGAACGUGCUGAAAGAUGGAGAAGUAAGAUAUCAAACACUCAGGGCUUGAAAUACCCGCUGGUCAGUGAUCGGCACAAAUUGUUUGUGAUUGGUAGAAAAGCAGGGUUUUCAAUCCAAAAAAACAGUGAAAGUCAUGACUGUCAAUGGCCAUGAUCAGGAACUUUGGAAAUGUUAUUUCAAGCCCUGAACACUGUUACUUAUGAAGUCUGGCUGCACAUCUAAAGUUGUGUGAAUAAGUCACUGAAAUAUUUUGUCAAUGUUAAAGUUGGUUUCUGGCUGUUGUUAACACUUUGAGUCUCUUUGUAACUGUGCAUCUAAAUCUAAUGUUGCUUGACUCAUCAAGUGGUUAAUGGUUCUCAUUUCUUUGUGUUUAGCGUCGUCUCGUGAUAAUUGGCACAGGGAUGAGCCCACAAGGGAGCGUAGGUUUAGUGAUCGAGAUAGAAAUAGUUUUGAAGAUGUUCCAGAGUGGAGUAAACCUGACAAUAUGUUUGAACCUGAUUCAGGCUCAUUUGACGCCACUGGAGCUUUCUGUGUUGCCAAGGUAGUGUACUACGAAUGACGUUUUCUCGUAUCUGACAAACUUCAACAUUUCAAGCACAGAUUAAGGAACAUGGCCAGCAUGUCAUAUUGCUUGUCCAAAGAGUGUCAAUAUAGCAAGAUGUUACAUAUUUUACAGAAAACCUGUCUUCUUAAAAUGUAUUUUUUGCCUCUUGUAUCCUGCAAAUGUACAGAUCUGGACAAUAUUUUUGACAAGUUCUGACCCACACCAUGAAUAGAAUACCACCUACUGUAAAAUAUUUUGGUUUUUCAGAUUUUUAAUUGAUCAAGUGAUUACAAAAUGAAGAAUAAUAAAGAUUUUCUGACUAACAUUUUGUAGGACAACAAACCACCAGAUGAUAGUGGUGGUGGUUCGAGGGAAGACUGGGAUCUAGAAAUAGUUGAAGACAAUGAUGUAAGACACUGAUUUGUAAAGAAAACUGAGUGUCUAUAAUUGUUAUUGUGUUAGAAAUGAAUUUUUAUAUAGAUGCUGUUUUUUUAAGAAUGGAUCACUGAACAACUUAACAUGUAAAAACUCAUUUUUGAAAUGCAUAUAUGGAGCGAGCAUCAGUUCUCCCCUUGAAGAGAUCUCUAUGUUUAACAUGUAAAUGUUUGCAAUCUCUUGCCUGUAGGAGUCUGAAUGUGAUGUGACGAAUAAAGAUUCAGACACUGCUCAAAGUGACCUGGUGAAAGGUAAUGCAGAAAACGUUAAACUACCUUUGCUAGGGGUGAAAAGAGUCACAAGUGUUCUCCGAGUACUCUGAUUUCCUCCCCCAGGGAAUGUUGGAAUUUGCAGCUAACCCUGACUGACGCUUCCACUGUAGCUAUGCUCUGUGGUCAGACGGGAGUCAUAAGGUGGCUGGCAGAAGCGCCCUUAGAAAGCCUUCAACACGAUCAGGUUGAGCUGCGUUCUUCGCAAUUCAGCUUGGUUGCAAAUAAUGAUGGUCUUGGUAUAAUGUCGAGAAAUCUUGCACAACGUUUUGUUAUUAUGAUUGUUAGAAGUUCAAGACGAUGACAUACAACAACAGGAGAAUGUAAAGGCAACUCCUGAAGACAAUUCCCAGCCUGUGAUGGAGGAGAAGGCGGCAGGAUCAUCACAUGAAAUAAGCCCCAGAGAAGGUUUGUAACACUACAGUAGCAAUUCAAUAGUGAUCACAUUCUGCCAUGUUUCAAGUACUGUUUAAUAAACGAGCAUGAGUGUUUUUUAUCAGAUAUACAUGUAAAGAAACCAGGCGAAGCCGAGUAUCUUUAGGUCUGAUAAAACACGCACUGCGAAUGUUUUAAAUUGCUUCAAAAACGUAAGUUCACUGGCGAAGUAAUUUUCUAAAAAUACGUUGUGUAAGUCGAGAAAAUCAAAGUUAAAGUUUAUAUAAAUCAAGGGAAAUCUCUAUCACAUAUAAAGAUACGACACGCUUUGUGUUUUCCUAAUUAAUUAUUAAUGCAUUUUGAAUUGUUCUUCAACGUUAUUAUCAUGAACAUGUGAUUUAAAUCUGGUAGUUAUAUGACAUCAGGAAAGGAGUGCUUGAUCUAUAAAUAUCAACAAAGUUUGACCACUAUCUGCUGCCCCAUCAUAUCUUCUGAAACAAUGCUACCACAAAAAUAUAUACACGGUAUAUAUAAUCUACAAAAUUUUUAUUUAGAACACGACAUCCAUGCGGAAACACAACAAGAUGAAGUGGGAUUUAAUUUGGAGAGAGUAGCCGAGAGUUGCAUUGCCAACCUUGAUGUUGAGGUAUGAGAUGAUGUGAUGUCACUAGAGAGCUUGAGCAAGCGACGAUUCACGAGCGCCGACCAAACCGUAACGCAAGAACUCCCUUUUCAAAUGGCAGAACUUGGAUUUCAAAUACCAGAAGUACCAUUUAAAAUGCCAGAACUCGGUUUUCAAACACCAAAACUCCCUUUACAAAUGCCAGAACUCCCUUUCAAAUGACAGCACUUGGUUUUCAAAUGCCAGAACUCCUUUUGCAAAUGGCAGAACUUGGUUUUCAAAUCCAAAAGUACCAUUUCAAUGCCAGAACUUCCUUUACUAAUGCCGGAACUCCCUUUUCAAAUGACAGAACCAGAAUUUCAAGGCGUUACAGAUGACGUUAGCUGUUCUUGUUUGAAAUCAAGAACGUCAAAUUACAUUGACUGUUCUUUUUUAUUCCAAUCAAGAACUGCUGACGCCAUGAUUAAAAGCUAAAUUGUACACACGUGACAUCUAUGCUGUGUGCUACAUUAUUCUUUCAUUUUUAACAUGAUAACGUAUUCCUCGGGGUCUGAGAUAUAGUGCAUAACUGUACAUAUAUGAACUUUGUUCAAUAAGGUAUGUAAUCGCAGAUGCCUUUAAAUGUCUGUUUCCAGGGUGAAGAACCUUCUGAAGAAAAGUUGUCAUUGGAGAGUCAAGGUGUUCAGAGAUCAAAUUGUGUUGAAAAAAACUGGUUCUAUCGUGAUCCACAAGGACAGGAACAAGGACCAUUCAAUAAUGAAGAAAUGAUGGAAUGGUUUCAUCAUGGCUAUUUUACAAUGCAACUGUCAGUAAGAAGACAAUGUGAUGCCGUUUAUUUAUCCCUCGGUACGUUCUUGUGUGUUAUCUGUCUGUUUGUGACCAGCUCAAAGAGUAUUGAUCAUUUCGUCGUUCUGUCUUAUCUAGGGGAUUUGAUUAAAAGAUGGAAGCGAGUUCCUUUUUUGCCUGGUGCAAGCCCACCUCCUAUUACAGUAAGCUCAUUUAAAAUUAAUUUCAAUAUUCUAAAUUUACGCUAUACCCUCAUGGCAACACCCUAGUAUAUACGUAGAUGAACUUGUGGUUAGCUCUUGGCAACUCUGCAGCUCAGGCCCUAUAUAGUUGCUUUUUUGCAACUGUAAACUGCUGUCCACGACGCCACCAUUAAAACAUAUUAGCGAAAUAAACUUUCUUAUGUUUAAUGAACUUUCUUCUGUUUUGCCAGCGUCAACAGGUUAUCAAUGAACAGACAAUGUUCAUGCAACAACAAUUACUGUUACAACAACAACAACAACAACAACAACAACAACAACAUUAUCAACAUCUGCAAAAACAAGCGAUACUUCAACAGAUUCAGGUAACAGCUUGGCUUUUUGUUUUCCUAAACAUGAAGUAGAGAUAUGACAGAUGUGUAAAAGACACAAAUUUCGUAAUUUUGAGAGCAUUAUUUAAGUUGAAAUGAAAGAAAGUUUGUUUAAUUUCUCGUCUAGCAACAACAACAAUUACAACAAGAACAACGUCAACAGGCUGUGGAAACAUCAUUACAGCUCAAGUUCGCUUCUUCUGAAAACCAACCUUCGCGAACUGUCGUAAGUCCACGAUUACUUCCGACCACAACACACUCGGGCUCUCCCAUCGGAGCAGCAGAGAUGAUCUGGGGAGCAGAGCCGCAGUCUCCAAAGGGUAAGUUUGUAAUCAUUCAUCGCCAUUAUUUCCAUUCUUAUUGAACACAGUGUUGUGUUGUAAGCCAUAUGAUUUCGUCUCAAUCAUAUGUGAAACGAGUGCUUCUAGUUUAACCAAAAUACCUCAAAUUUUCUCGUGUUUGUUGGUAACACUAGAUGAAUAAAGGACGUCUCUUACUGGACCUCUAAGGAGAACAGUUCUUUGCAGUAUAAAUGAAGUGUUCAUGUAUUUUAUAUUUAGAUUCGUGGUCACCAACAGGAAAUACAUCCCCGUGGAGCGAACCGAAAAGGUAGACAGUUAAACCCCGCUUGGAUAUCGUAGCAGCUCGACAAUUAUUUAAGGACGCACGUGUACAGCAUACACACAAGAAGACAAUAGAUCCAGUUUCACCGUCAUGACUUAUAACGCGAUUUGCACUUUGAAGUGUAAUUGGGGUUCACCCUACCUGAGUUUGACCUGUAAAUCAGGCUGUUGAAAUUUUUAUUGUGGAUGAGUUCACCCGACAGGGUGGUGACGUUUUAAUCAAUGUUUAAGUAGACGUUUUAAUCAAUGUUUGUAUUCUUCAGCCAAACAUCGCCUGUACCGAUGGAGGAUUUACAAAGACGGGAACGAGACAGGGAAAUUGAAGAGGAAAGGGAAAGGGUUUGUUCUCAAUAUUUGUCUGCCUCAUACGUCACGAUAGUUGCAUGUAAAAACUGCUCACGGAGAUUGAGACUGAAAAUUAAUUCCUGCAAUAUAUCGUCUCAGCUGCAUGAUUUAGAAAGUAUUUCGAUUUUGUGCUGCACUACGAAAUAGUGGACCUCUCCAGGGAGAACGGUUUAGAAAUUAUAUGCAGUUCGGUUUCCUCCUGUAGUAACACUGGAUCAAUAAGAGACGCUCCUCACUGGACCCCCAGGAAGAACUGUUUAGAAAUGAUAGAGCUAUUCAGUGUAAAUAUAGUUGGUACUUUAGUUUAAUGAAAUUCAAGUUUGACUAUAUAUGUAUAUUUGACUCCAUACGCAGCAGCAUUAUUUCAGUUCUUGCAUUUAUGUUACAAAAGUGUUAAAACUAUAUUUGGUUAUUUAGUUGGAAGCGGAGAAGGCUGAAAUGUUGAGACAAAAGGAAGAGGAAGAAAAGAGACAACUUGCUAAGAAACAAGAAGAAGAAAGAUUAAAACGUAUUGAAGAAGAACGAAGACAACAAGAAAUACAGGUUCACUUUAUUUAUAUUGGAUAGCUUCUAGUAGUUCUAAACUGUUCUCCCAGGAGAUUACGGUAACAGCUAUCCCUUACUGCUCCACUGCAAGAGGAAACCUACUGUAAACUAAACGAACUUUAUUUAUAUUGGAGAGCUCUAUCAGUUCUGUCUAUACAGAUCUCCAUACAGUGAGUGUUUGAGUCAUCUCUCUUGUCUGCUCCAUUAAAAGAAUAUUUACUGUACAUAUAGAAAGCUGAGGCAGAGAAACGAAAGCAAGAAGAAGCAAAGAAAAAACUGAAUGCUGCAAAGGGAGAACAGGUUUGACAAUUUUUUACAAUUUCUGAAUGUCUUGUUUAUACGGAGAACGGGAAGACCCGUCAAGCUGCAAGUUGCAUUAUCACGUUUUUCAAGACAUUUUGACAUUUUGUUUUACAAUACAAUUCGACGUGCCAUCUCUUUGUACAUUCUUCGCAGUAAUGAGCCAGAUUAUCUAUGGGAAAAGGUGUUAUUUUGGCUAUAAUUAAGAACUUAGCGCGUCAGUAAACGAGCCAACCUGGUUGCCAUAUAAACAGCACCUGAGUUUAUAACACUUAGUUUUCAUUUAGUCUCAAAUUUGUUCCGCAAUGUGGAAAUAAUCAAAAUAUCUACACCGUUCUUCAUGUGUUUUGCACGGUGUAUGGAAAUCACGAUAUUGUAGAGAACACACUAUUACUUCGUUUCCUUGAUGAUUGUCACACGACUAAAUGGACACUAGGCAUUCUAAACCUUCUUUUUCUAGUCUGCGCCACAAUGGCGUGGUAAAGGAGGGAUGGGGCGUGGCAAGUUGUACGACAUGAUGGAGAAAGAAGGUCGACUGGGAAGGAAGCCACGACAAGAUGAAGAGAAAUUGAAAGACGAAUUAGGAAAGAAUGGAGAAAAUGAACAACGAAGGAAAUCAAAAGUACGUUCACGAUUUUCAUGAACGUGGUGAUGGUAUUUAAACUGAUUUUAUUUCCAAUUUAUAAUUCGUUGCUACGAAACCAAACUAACUUUUUGGAACUGGCAUCAAUGUUUCACCAAUACCAGUUAAAAAACUAACGAUGCACAACAACCUCAAACAUCCUUAUUUUUUAUGUAGAAAUCUGGGGGAGAAAAACGCAAGCAAGAGGAACCAGUGAAAAGAAGCAAAGCUAUAGAACAGAAUGUGAAAGAAGAGGUUUAUUGUUCUGUUUGUUUACGAUCAAUAAGCAGUUUCUAAUUAAUGAUAUUUUAUAAUUAAGCAGUUUCUUGAUUGAUCGUAUUUUAUAAUUAAGCAGUUUCUAAUUGAUGAUAUUUUAUAAUUAAGCAGUUUCUAAUUGAUGAUAUUUUAUAAUGAAGCAGUUUCUAAUUGAUGAUAUUUUAUAAUUAAGCAGUUUCUAAUUGAUGAUAUUUUAUAAUUAAGCAGUUUCUAAUUGAUGAUAUUUUAUAAUUAAGCAGUUUCUAAUUAUCGUGUUUGAUAAUUAAGCAAUUUGUAAUUGUCGUAUUUUAUAAUUAAGCAGUUUCUAAUUAUCGUGUUUGAUAAUUAAGCAGUUCCUAAUUAUCAUAUUUUAUAAUUAAGCAGUUUCUAAUUAUCAUAUUUUAUAAUUAAGCAGUUUCUAAUUAUCAUAUUUUAUAAUUAAGCAGUUUCUAAUUAUCGUAUUUUAUCAUGAAGGCAUUGGGACAUGAUUGCGAAGAACGAGUGGAGGAAGACUGGGAAGAGAAGGAGGAAAAAUCAAGGAAGAAAAGAGAAAGCAACCAACAAAGAAAAUCAAAAGUAUGCAAAUAUUUGACAAAGUCUUUCACCUGGCCUCCAUUCCUGUACUUCAUUACUACUUAUUAGAACAACACUUCCAGUUUAACUCUGGUACUCCGGUCACAUGAAAGCACUAUAUCUAAGAAGAACAGUUUAGAUAUGAUAGAUAAAACAGAAUGUUUCCUUUCCGGGGUAUAUAUUCAGUUUGGUGUAAUAAUUGUGUGUUGAAUUUUCCCAGCAAUAUAUUGGGCCUAUACCACGGUUUGAGUUUUGAAUUGAAGACUAGGAGAAUGGGAAAUGUGUGUGAUAUAUCUGUAAGUGUAACGUGUGUUAUUUAGUCAAAUGAAUCAUCUCGCUGGCUCACUCAGAAUUCUGCAGCCACGUCGUUGUCUGAAAUCCAGGAACAAGAGGAAAAGAAUCGUCUCGCACACGAGGAGAGAAUGAGGGAACUGGCAGCGAAACAACGUCAGUUGCAAUCUGCAGCAAGUCAUGGCGGCUGGUCUUCCGAGAAGUAUGUAGUGCAUCAAUCAGGAGUGGGUCUCCCGUGGAGGUGCAGGGGGUGCACACCUCAUCUAGUGGUGUGUAGAACACCCGACUCCACCCCCUCCCCCCACCCUCGCCAGAGAGGUCCAUCACCACUUCAUGGAAAACGUGCACCCCUCCUUGCAGACGAGGCUAGAUCCGCCCCUUAAUAUCAAAUAUCUGACUGGGAGUUACUGGUCACAUCUAGAAUACAAAGCAUGUAUUUCACAAAUGUGUUCUAGAAAGGUCCGAUAUGCAUUACAAGCAUAAAGGAAAUUAUAACCGAUUCACGAUCCGAUCUGUCUCGUAGCUUGCCUAGGUACAGAAUCAAUCUUGUCUGCAAUAUUACGUACAAAUAUAGAGAUCACGUGUUGUUCUUGCAGGUUACAGACGUCCAGUAAUGUAAAGUCCUUGAAAGCAAUCCAGGACGAACAGGCACGACAAAACAAACAAUCACCUCGUUCACAGGUUAGUACUAACACUUACUUGGACCGCAGGAGGCGGUACACAAAAAGCAAUUGUAGGACUGAAUAACGUAGGAAUAUAUUUUUAAAAAACGAGCUAAAUUUCUGGGGCAGGUUGUACGUAAGCCGAGUAGCGCUUUCCACAAGAUAUAGCGAUUAAUUCAAAUUUUAUAAAAAUGCUUCAAAAGCUAGAAAACCAGCGAUAUGAGUCUCAACAAUUUAUGAAUUAAAAUGCUAAAGUUUAAUCCGGGAAGUUUGAAAAAAUCACUGUCUGGUGGACAGCGCUACCAGGCCUUUGUACAACCGACCUCUGUUGUUUACUUUAGCCAACGCAAGUUUCGACUGGUUGGAGCAUGGCUUGGACGGCCGGGAACAAUAAUGUGUGGACUGGAAACCACGAUGACCGCGAGGAAGAACAGGAGACAGAGUACUGUAAUGAUGUGGUGCGGGAGACUGGGAAGAACCAAGCACAAACACCGAAAAAUAACACAACAAAGCAAGCUAAACAGAGGUAAAACUAAACUUGUUUAUACUGAACAACACUAUGUGGCUAAAUUUUUGUGUCACUAUAAGAGGAAACACAACUAAUUCUAGUACACUGGAUAGCUCUAUUGCCUUGACCUUUCUUCUUGAAGGUUCCUUAACGAGUAUUUUUUUAUUGGUCCAGUAUUACUACAGGAGGAAACCUAAACUAAACUAUCUUCCUAGAGGUCCAGUAAGGGACAUCCCUUGUUGUUCAAGUGUUACUGCAGAAGGAAACCUAAACUUAACUGGAUUGCAUUAUCAGUUUCUAAACUAAGUCAAUAUUUUUUUGUAUUAGUGCCACAAAGCCUGUGACAAAUGGAAAGAAAUCUUCGAAGAAAUCGUCUAGAGAAGAGGUACGAUUUCUGUCAAUAAUUUGCUUAAAAGAAACUUUCACGAGCAAAAUCUCCCCUUGUCUCCCCUUGUAUGGGACUUUGUCAAUGACGCCACUAUCAUUUUAAGAUGAAGAAAGCCGUCAGACGAUGUCUAUUGGCCACACUAAAAGUUAUGUAAUUUUAGGAAAGUGUUCGUAAGAUAUUCCAACAAGCUGUGAGCAAUGAUCCAUUUACUGAAUGGUGCACACAAAGUUUACAUGGUUUAGCAACGGCUGUAGAUGGUAAGAGCUGUUUCUGCAAACGUUCAAACUGAAUUAACUUAUGAAUUUAUUUGAAUAAUUGAACUUGAACUGACUGUAUUAUAUUCUUGUUUUAGUUCCCACAUUUAUUGCUUUCCUUAAAGAGUUAGAAUCUCCAUACGAGGUUUGUUACAUGUGAAUACACACUUCCGGCAAAUACGUCAUCCUCGCUGUACAGCCUCGUUUUCCUGAUUUAUGACGCCACUAUUCCUGCAAAGUUUGCCUGACCACGGAUAUCCCAAAGGUCCCGGGUUCGAUUCCCACCGUGGUCAGGCAAACUUUUCAGCUUGCCCGGUGUGGAUGCAGAGUAACAUCACAAACAUCAUAUUCACCUGAGUCACAGAAUACUACACAGAAGGCCAUCUCCAUUGUUUUUAGCGUAAGCGCUAUUCGCCAUGAUUCGUCACUCAGCAAGUACCGUAAACAGAAGCAGUCCCCCCCUGGAAAUACUAAAAAUGGCGAACGUCCAGGGGGGUGACUGCUUCUGUUUACGGUACUUGCUGAGUGACGAAUCAUGACGAAUAACGCUUACGCAAAAAACAAUGGAGAUGGACUUCUCUGUAGUAUUCUGUGCCUGAGUACAUAACACCAACACACACAAAAAGUGCCACUCAUCAGAUUAUGGCGAAUUUUCAAAUGUGACAUCUUUACACGUACUUAUUCGAGUACAUACGUCAGGAUAAGAAUCGUACGUAUACGACUAGUCGUAUCUCGUAGAUGAGCCUUUAAAAAUCUCACUUACACGAAAACGAGGCUCAAUAACCAAGAUGACGUACUUUCCGGAAGGGAAUAUUUUAAAAGAACUGCACUAUAUUUCUUUCCCGGGCGGAACACGAAUUCAAAGUGAUAUAUGCAGGUUCUAUAUAGAGGUCAGUGACGUUCCUUGUAUUGCAACAGGUACAUACUUAUGUAAGAGAAUAUAUUGGAGAGAGCAACGAGGCCAAGUCUUUUGCAAAAGAAUUUAUUGAGAGACGUCGAAGUUCUGAAUGGAAACACGUGCCAACAAAAACAACAUCACCACCUAAACAAUCCGUGGUUGCCCGAGGAGGCGGCGCUGGUUCACGAAGUGAGCCCGACAGUAGUGGCGGCAAAACGAAAAAGAAGAAAAAGCAACGUAUGCAGAAAGUCGAUCCCAGUAUCCUGGGAUUUAGCGUGAACGCGGCCGAGCGAGUGAACAUGGGAGAAAUUCAAUCCGUUGAGGACUCAUGAGGAUGACUGUAUUAUCUAAAAGAUAUGUUGUAUUUAAUGAUGUUUUGUUGUCCACUCAUGAGGAAGAAUUGGGUCCAAGUUUAGCAGGUUCCUGGAUUGUUUUGUACCAGGGAAAGAAUUGAACUGAUUAAGGAUCGCAAUGAUGAGCGUUGGGUGAUGGCAAAAAGUAAAAGAAAUACAUGGUGUUUUAAGAACACUAAGACCUUAAUUCGCGCUAACACAUGGCAACUCCACGUUACUGGAGAAAGCAUUUACUGCGAGUAGAAAUACGACUACAAGAUUCGACAUUUUGAAAGCUCAUUAAAGUGCCGCUGGCCUUUAAAAAUGUUUCAAAUGAUAACUGAAGGUUUUGAUGAAUUUCUUUUCCUCAAUUUGUUUUUAAGAUAUUUCAGUUUGUCUGGUAUGCAAAUGUGCGGAGUUUACGUGACGUCUGCAUAACGACUUAAUAGAACCUGUGUUGUAGUGUUGUAUACACAAGUAACUUUGAAGGAGUUUUGUAAAUGAAAAUUCCACGUGUAAAUUUUAUACAUUUUUAGACCAAAAAUCGAAGCUGCCGGGUCUUGCGAUUGCGUUACAGCGCUCUUGCCAACUGAGCUGUAGAGUCCAGUUGUCAAGCCGCAAGUUCGUGUGAUUAUAUCAAAGUGACGGCAGUGUAAACUGUAUGGGGAAAUAUCAGGAUUUCGCAACGUUCAGUUCUAUGGAGUGAGAUGCCCCUGAUAUAUAGACAAUUUGGUAUUUUAUUUAAUUGAGGAAAAGAUAUUUAACAACAACUCACGUCCUAUUAGUUGUAAAUUCACUCUACACAAUACACUAUUCCAGAGAGUACGUCGCGUUGAUCAGCUAAAUUCUCGAUCAUGAAAACGACGCUCUAUAGCUCAAAUGAAGGUUUUUGCAGUCUUCCGUAUUUCUACCAAAGACACUGUCACAGAAACAAGACACACAGAAGGUCGGCUCAGCCAAAAUUCUGUUUGUCUCUAUUCUGAGACAGUAUUAAUUGAAUUGAACAUCACAUAGAAUUGCUAUAUAUAGGUUGGUUUCAGUCUUUUAUGCUACACAUCGUCAAAAUGUUCCCAAAUGUUUUCAUUACUACUGCACGUAAAAAUCUCACAACUUGUCAACAAGAUGUGUUCGCAACGUGCUUGUAGCAAGCUUGUCAACAAGUUGUAACAAUGCUGUUAUUUCAUCAAGUUGCUACAAGGUUGUCAUUCACAACUUGUUGAAUUGCAGGACGAUAACAAGUUGUUGGAACAACUUGUAGCAAGUCUGUCGAGUUCAACAACCCUGUAGUAAGUUGUGAACAAGCCGUUGACAACUUGGGAACAAGCAGUGCGAACACAACCUGUUGACAUGUUGUUGGAACAGCAUUGCUACAAAUCUGCUGCAGGUUUGUUACAACUUGUGCGUUUUUACGUUGUGUACAUUUCAAUAUAUACAAAGUGUUGGCAUGAAAUGAACGCCGCACUGUCCCAUUUACUGAAACCAAUCUAUAUGCGACAUGUUUUUCACAGUUUUGUCGUGUGGUGGGCCAUAAGCACCAGAGGACAUAUUAAAAUUAUUUGUAUAAAGCGUCAGACUUCUAUGAGAAACAUUAAGAGAAAGAUACUGUUCAAUUAUUGUGUUGUAUAUUUUGUCUCAUUCUUCAUGGUUUGCUUACAUUCCUUUGCCAGGGCGAAAUCGGAACCU